UCUCCCCCAUAAAAAGAAAUAGAACGAUGUCUCAGCACAUGAGGGGCGUCAAAGGCAGAGCAGUGUUUGUGACGUCAGCCCCCCUUUUCCUCCAACCCGCAACACCGGCGUGCUUGAUUUCAGAUUCUCCUCGACGGCAGCUGGUCCAGCUGCGCUCCGGUCCGGUCCGGACGUACCCGUGCGAUCAGUGGAGCCCCCCGGAAAUGGAUUACGAUGCCAAGGUGUUCCCUUACAGCGGCGGAUACGGACGCUACAACCGAAUGGUGGUGGCGUUCAGCUGGUUCCCCAGCUUCGCUGUCAUGUGCAACCUGUUCAGCGACGUCUUCUACACGGCCAUCCCGGACGCGUACCACUGCCAAGCGGACCCGCGGCUCCUUCCCUCCGGCUUCCUCCUCGCUAACCUCUCCAAGUCGCUUUACCUCAACCUGACCGUCCCUUGGGUCAACGGCACCGGCCUGAGCCACUGCGAGCUCUACAAGUACCCUCCCAACUCGUCGGACUUGUCCCAAAGGGUUCCCCGGGAGAAGGUGAGCUGCACCCAGGGCUGGGAGUAUGCUCGCAUGUCGGGGCUGCAGAGCAACUUCGUCACCGAGUGGAACUUGGUGUGCGGUGACUACUGGAAAAUUCCCCUUCAACGCAUCUGCUUCAUGACAGGAUGGAUUGCGGGCUACAUCUUUAUCGGCUCAUUAUGCGACUGGCUCGGUCGUCGACGAGCUUUCCUGCUGUCCGUCAGUCUGUCCAGUGUGUUUGGCAUGGCCGUGUGUUUGUCCAACAGCGCCGUGGUGUUUCUGCUGCUUCGCCUCGCUCAGGGCGUCAUGCUCGCCGGGAUCUUCUUAUCCUCGUACAUAGCAAGGUUGGAGCUGUGCGACGCUCCCCAUCGUCUGAUGGUUGCCAUGGUGGGCGGUUUCUUCGGCAUCUUUGCGGAGGUGCUGUUGCCGGGCCUGGCUGCGCUGUGUCGCCAUUGGGCCAUUUUGCAGGCCGUUACCACCUUACCUCUGCUUCUGCUCGUUUCCUACUGGUGCUGCGAGUCGUUGUUUCCGGAGCCUCCCCGUUGGCUGCUGGCCACAGCUCAGACGGCCCAAGCCAAGCGGAGCAUCCGGGAAUUCUCCGCUCGGAACGGCGUGUAUUUACCGGACGAGCUCUUCCCCGGCGAAAUGUUGCUGUCAGAGAUCGAUUCGGUAUUCAACGAAGAUUGCCGGCCCCGAUACUAUUCGGUUUUGGAGCUGCGGCAGACUCGGGUUAUUUGGAAGAACUGCCUCAUCCUCAGCUUCACUCUCUUGAUCGGAACCGGCGUCCAGUACUGCUUCACCAGAAACCUGCACAUGUCUUCCAGCAACUUCUACUUUAGCUACUUUAUCCGAAUCACCACAGGGACCCUGGCGUGUAUCUUCAUCUGCUCCACGGUCAAUCAUUUCGGCCGACGCAGCAUGCUUCUGCUCUCGGCCAUCGUCACCGGCCUGGCCUCGCUGCUUCUUCUGGCGCUGGCCCAGUACUUGCAGGGAGGCCUGGUGCUGGUGCUUUCUAUCGUGGGUCUUCUGUUUUCGCAAGCUCUUGCCAUGCUCAGCAUCUUCUUUGCCUGCGAGGUGAUGCCGACUGUCGUGCGAGGCGGGUGCCUGGGCCUGGUGCUGGCAGCCGGCUGCGUGGGCAUGGCCGCCUCUUCCUUGAUGGAGCUCCAGAACAACAGCGGCUACUUCCUCCACCACGUGAUCUUCGCCUCUUUCGCCGUCCUCUCCGUGCUCUGCAUCAUGCUCCUGCCCGAGAGCAAGCGCAAGCCCCUGCCCGACUCGCUGGAGGAAGGCGAGAGCCGGCGCCGGCCGCCGCUCUUCCCCUCGUCUCGGGCGGACAGGGUGGACCUGCCCUUGCUCAACUCCCGGCCCCUGUCGUCGGAGUACAAUCCUGACAACUACUCGCGCCUGGUCGGCGCCACCAGGAAGAUGUUGAGCAAAGACCGUUUGCCGUACAGAAUAGCCGCGGCGAGUCAGCAGCGCCUGCUGUCUGGUGGGAGUGAAGCGCCGGGGCAGGAGAGUGAUCCGCUGAGGGAAGCGUCGGAACACUGAAUGGGCAUCGGUGACAAUGGACGGUUGGUUAUGUGGGAGCUCGUCGUUUUAUUCGGAAUAACGGCUUCAUUUUCUAAAAAAAAGAAAUCAAUCGGACCCGUUGUAAUUGCUGCGGCGGCCAUUGGCGUGCCAGCAAUGGUUGAUUGGCGCGCCCUUGGACACUUAAGCGGCGGCGGCGUCCAUCAUGUGAGCUGCAGCUCUUUGUCCGUUAAUGAGCAACUCGUGCACUUGUCCGACAGUGUGACUCAGCAGUGUCUCCGUGGCAGCCUGACUCUCUUUCCCAAAAUUCCUUCAAGCGAUGCGGCUCGGCCCGGUUGGUUCAAGCGCUUGCUCGCCUGGGACCAACACACUAAUGCACGCUGUUGAAGAAAGUCAGACAUUUUGUGUUGCGAUUAUUUCCUCAAUGAUGUAAAGGGUGUCACUGGUGUUGGAAUUAAACCCGUGUUUGUCUUUCGA